AUGCAGCUGCACUUCUACUCCAAGGAGUCGCUGGACCUCGUGCGUGUCACGGGCGUGUCGCCCGACCAGAGCGUUGUGCGCGUGCUGUGGCACGCACACCUUAACCAGGUGGGUGCUGCUUCUUUCCCACCUCAAUCAGAUCCCCACUGCUUCCUACCACACUGUCAGCUCUCUCAUGUGUUCAUCUCUUUCCUUUCCAUCAGCGAGCGCGGCGCGCUAGUGUGCGUGGCGCGGGCCCCCCGCGCGUCGCGCCCCGAGGACCUGUGUGCGCGCGUGGCAGCGCCCGCCAUCCGCAACCCGCACGCGCUGCCCAUGUUUCGCGACGAGCCGAGCCGCAAGCGGCAGCGCGAGAAGGCGCGAAAAGACCCCGUGCAGAGCCAGCGGCCCGACCUGCCCAUGGAGGGGCCGGGGCACGGCGGGCGUGUGGGGCAGACCAAGGGCACCCUGCUCACCCAGUACCUGCUCCGCGACGGCGGGCUGCUGAAGGAGACGUGGAUGGAGGAGGACCCGCGCGAGGCCAUUCUCAAGUACGCCGACGUGGCGGCUAAGGACCCGCAGAUCAUUGCCCCUGCAUAUGCUGCCACGCAGCCCACCACGCUGUUCCACGAGUCCGAUGACGAGGACCUGGACUAG